AUGGCUGGGUUCUGCGAUGGCCUGGGUUCCUGCUCCGUCCCGCACGGCCUGACUCGGGCCGUCGCUCAUCCCCCGGGGUACGGUCGAGCGGAUCUGGCCUCUGGUCGGCGCCUGUGGGUGAACUCGACUUCGCUCAGCCCCGCGUCCUAUGCGGCGGGACCGGGACCCGCUCCAUCCUACUCUGCAGCAGCCCUCGCUGCCCCGGGCUCGCUCCUUGGCGCUGCAGGCGGCCUGGCGGGCGCCGAUCUCGCGUGGCUGAGUCUGUCGGGUCAGCAGGAGCUGCUGAGGUUGGUACGGCCACCCUAUUCCUACUCUGCGCUCAUCGCCAUGGCCAUCCAGAGCGCGCCGCUGCGCAAGCUGACGCUCAGCCAGAUCUACCAGUACGUGGCCAGCAACUUCCCCUUCUACAAGCGCAGCAAGGCGGGCUGGCAGAACUCCAUCCGCCACAACCUGUCGCUCAAUGACUGCUUCAAGAAGGUGCCCCGAGAUGAGAACGACCCAGGUAAAGGCAAUUACUGGACGCUGGACCCAAACUGUGAGAAGAUGUUUGACAAUGGGAACUUCCGAAGGAAGAGGAGGCGGAGAGGAGAGACCAGUGUGGCCACUGUGCCUGGAGCUAACAGCUCAGAGGGAGCCACCCUGGAUCCCCGUGGCGCAGCUUCCCAAGACACGCAGACCUCACAAUCCCUGCCUAUGCCUGAGGCUGCCCCCUGCCUCUCGGGCUUCUCCACCGCCAUGGGUGCCCUGGCUGGCGGCUUAGGCACCCUCCCUGAGGGCCUGGUCCGUGACUUUUCUUCCCGAAGGCCACCAUCCGCGGCUGCCCACAGUCCUCAGAUCCCUAACACCACCCCGGGCUUUGCCGCCGGCCAUCAAACGAUAGCUACUGGCGUUAGGGUGGGUCAUCUUGUCUACAGUCGGGAAGGGACUGAAGUUUGAAGGAACGCUGGAGACUGGCCAGGUGCUCUGUUCCAACAUAGAGCUGAGUCCCUGAAUUCAUCCUUCCUGGGGGCGCCAUGGGUGCUGCACAGGGGCAGAACUGAGGCAGGUGCAGCUUGCUGUGAAGCCCUCACCCAGGGGAAUAGCCACUCUCGGGCUUCCGGGGCUCUGCCUGGAGAUCCAGUCCUGGGCUCUAUGACAGAGCGCCCCAGAGAGAGGUCUGAAAACCUUAAAGGGGUGACAGGUUGGAACUCUACUCCAGCCUUUCAUAAUGAAGCCAGAGAGAUGUCUUGGAGCUGGUCAGAGGAGGGGAGGAAGCUAGGAUGAAAGAGAAUCCAGAGGGCCAUCUGUGACUGGCCUCCAUCUCUGGUCCACCUGUUUUAGGGCAGCUAGAGAAUGGGGUGGGGUACAGUAGCCCCGAGAUGAGGCUGCAAGUUGAGGGGAGUCAGGACUCUUGGGCUUACAUAGAAAGAGGGACUUUCCAAAUUUGGGAGACUGGGAAAAGCUGUUUCAGCAGGAAGGAGUCCCUGGGGACACCAGCUCCCUCCCCGGCCACUCUGCUUCUGGCAUUAUUAGGGCCCCUGUUAUCGAACCUCACU